AUGAACGAAGCACUAGGAUCAAUCUUCUCCGGCGCAAUACCAAGCCAAUUCAUGGGCUCCCAAGACAAGCCCACCGACGGCGCGGCUCCCUCGGAGAGCAAAUCCAACACCCAAGAGCGCAUCGCCAAAGAAAUCCACUCCCGCGUCGAGGAAGCAAAAGGCCUGCAAGAAAAAUCCCUCCAACUGCACGAAAAAGCCGACAACACAGGAGAUCCCGAAGAAGCGGAGAACAUACGGCAUGAAGCACGAGAGAUUGAUAAGAAGGCUGCUAAGCUGAUGAAGAUUGCUGAGAGGUUGGAGAAGGGUUGGAUACAGGGCGGUGCGAUGGGGACGGGGAUAGGCGCGGGUGUGGCGAGCGGGCUGGGGUUGGGAGUCGGGGCGCUGUUGACGGGGGUUGUGGCGAUUCCGACGGCCGGGUUGGGGUUGCUUAUUGGGGCCGGGACGGGGCUUGCGCAUGGGAGUUGGGUCAAGUUUACGGACGCGUUUACUAAGGAUGAGGCUGAUGAGAUUGUUAAUGGGGCGACGGAGGAGGCGGAGAAGAUUGCAAAGGGUUGA